CAAGGCACCCUUUAAAAUGAUGGACAGUCCUGAGGCACCCUUUAAAAUGAUGGACAGUCCCGAGGCACCCUUUAAAAUGAUGGAGAGUGUUGAGGCACCUAAUUCUAAAAUGGGAAAACAUCAAGGCACCCUUUAAAAUUAUGGACAGUCUUGAGGCACCCUUUAAAAUUAUGGACGGUCUUGAGGCACUCCAUUCCAAAAUGGGGUACCUCAAGACUGUCCAGAAUUUGAAAAGGGCACCCCAUUCUAAAAUGUGA